AUGGGAACAGCUGGCAAGACGCUGGUCUUCAUCACCGGCGCAAACACUGGACUCGGAUUUGAGGUUGCCAAGGUGCUCCUCAGUCGCCCGGAUUCAUAUCAUAUCCUCAUCGGCUGUCGUGGCGCCAUCAGUCGUGGUAAAGGUGCCGUCGCCAGACUGAUCGAAUCUUCACCCAGGAGUACGUCCACCGCCGAACCAAUCUCUGUCGACAUCACAGAUGACAUCUCCAUUACGACUGCAUUCGAGUAUGUCCGAGAGAAAUGGGGCUAUGUUGAUAUUUUGGUUAACAAUGCCGGUAUAGCCCUGGACACCGCCGUCACAGCGGGGCGAAUAACACUACGUGAAGGUUGGAAUGAGACCUAUAAUGUGAACGUUACUGGCACUCACCUCUUUACGACCACCUUUGCCCCCCUUCUACUGGCCUCCAGGGCGCCAAUCCCACGCCUCAUGUUCAUCACAAGCGGCCUUUCCUCCCUUGCGGAGCAUGCAGAUGGCGUAAGCUCGCGCUAUACCUUGGCACCCCCGGGGUUGCCCAAGCCGGACACUCUCUGGUUUCCUUAUCGAGUGAGCAAGACGGCGAUGAAUAUGCUUGCGACGGAAUGGGGACGUGUGUUGCGCAAUGACAAGGUGGCUGUGUUCAACAUUUCGCCGGGGUUUCUGAAUACGGGACUAGGGGAUGAUCGGAUGACUGGAGAGUCAAGGGAUAAGAGCGUCAUGGGGGCAAUAGAUCCUCUCAUCGGAGCGACCUUUUGCGCGGACGUGAUUGCGGGCCAGCGGGAUGAGCAAUCCUGGCCCGUCAAGGUACUGCGGAAGGACGCCAUCCAGCCCUGGUGA